AUGCAAGAGCGACCAGCCGAGUUUGAGACGAAAGUCUCGCCGAUGAUCAAACAAGUCAAAGUGCUUUCGAUGAACUUUUUUCAACAGGCGAACACAUACUCUGUGGCGGAAGUUGUUUUUGAGUAUCGGAACCGAAACAAUUUGUUCAAAAAGAGAGAACACCCGUCGUUUGCAUUUCGCGUGUUGGAGGAGCCGAGCGGAAGUCACCGCAUUCAAAUCAGAUUGUUCGACGUGAACACGAAGCGGAACAUCCCCCCAUUUUCCGUGUCACAUAUUACUAUUAACAAAAUCAGUUAUGAAACAAAGAAGUACUUCGUACGGCCGAAGAUGAUCAAGGGGAUUGAUAACUUGGAGAUUUACAAUAACAUAGAUGUGACGGACUUACUUAAAGAAGGUCGAAACGUCAUCUCAUUUGUCACAAAAGAGGUGGUGCAUAACACUUUUGUUUCUGUCGUCGAAAUAGAGUCCAUUUCCCUUCUAGACACCGUCAAAAGGGUAUCAGAAAAUUCAUUGAAGUCGAAUGAAAUGGUGUCUCUUGACCUCAACGCUAAUAACGACGGGUCAGAAGUCGAAGAAGAUGAAUUCGAGGAAGAACAACAGACCAUUCCGUUAAAGUGUCCCAUCACCAAGACAAAGAUGAAGAUCCCAGUCCGAGGAGUGAAUUGCACACACGUCUCCUGUUUCGAUUUGGAAAAUUUUAUACGAAACUCAACCAUCAAACAGUCUUUUAAUUGCCCAAUCUGUUACAAACCAUUGCCCGUGUCUGAAAUAGUUGUUGACAGAAAAGUCCAAGAACUUUUGAAAAAGACAGCGGACGACGUCGAGACGUUCACACUUGGUGUUGAUGGAACGAUCAGUGAUGUGAAAACGCUCCGAUGGGAAAGUGAAGGGAUGGAGAAGGAGACGGACGAAGAGGAAAUGCGAUAUAUGAAAAAGAAUGCGAAGCCGGACAAAACAUUUAUAGCAACGCCAAGCCCCAAUUCGUAUUUGUCAGAAGUGAUGAGGAAGAUGAGAAAGAUCAAAGACGAGACCAAACCCAAAAAGGAACAACAACCGAAACGCCAUUUCUCACCUAAUACGUUGCUUGAGUUGGCGAGUGAAGACAAUAGCCCAUCGCCUAUGACAGCGCUUGAAGAAUGGAACAGACCGCCUGAAGGUGUUGUUUUGGGUAAAAAGAAAAGUAUUAAAAAGGUGCAUCGAACGAAAACACCGGAGCUUGGAUUGCUAGUGAAAGGGACGAAAGACGACCCAAUUGAACUGUAA